AUGGUAGGCUCUAAUUCCAGUAUUGGGCAGUCUGCUUCAUUCCACCUCACUGGAAUUCCUGGCUAUGAGAAUGGGCAUCACUUUAUCUCCAUCCCCUUUUGUAUGUUCUACCUGGUUGGAAUAUUGGGCAAUUGCACCAUCCUUCACAUCAUUCACACUGACAAGACUCUCCACGAGCCCAUGUACUACUUCCUGGCCAUGCUGUCCCUUACUGACAUGGGCAUGUCCAUCUCCACACUGCCCACUGUACUGAAAAUCUUCUGGUUUGAUGCUCAGGAAAUUCGGGUCAAUGCUUGUGUAGCCCAGAUGUAUUUUAUUCAUACUUUUUCUCUGAUGGAGUCAUCUGUGCUCCUAGCCAUGGCCUUUGACAGGUAUGUUGCCAUAUGUGAUCCUCUGAGGUAUUCCAGUAAACUUACCCCACGAUGCAUUCUUUAUAUAGGGAUCAUCAUUGUAGUCAGCUGCUCCAUUGUUCUCCCUGCCAUUCUAACUCGUAUUCCCACAUUUUCCUUCUGUCACUCCCAUGUUCUCUCCCACUCUUACUGUUUGCAUCAAGAUGUGAUCCGGCUGGCCUGUGCUGACAUCUCUUUCAACAUUGUAUAUGGCUUAUUUGUUGUUGCAUUUUAUUGGGGUGUAAAUUCUCUGGGAAUCCUUUUAUCUUAUGCUUUCAUCCUCCACUCUGUGCUAAGCAUUGCAUCCCAAGGAGGGAAGUUCAAGGCCCUCCAUACAUGUGCCUCCCACAUCUGUGCUGUGCUCAUUCUGUAUGUGCCAAUGAUAGGCCUAUCCUUAGUGCAUCACUUUGCAAAACACUCCUUCCCCAUACUCCACAUAACCAUGGCCAAUAUUUACCUUUUGGUCCCACCAGUACUCAACUCAAUUAUUUAUAGCAUCAAGACAAAGCAGAUUCACCAAGGUUUCCUAAGGUUAUUGGCAGCCAAAAGAGUUGGGCUUGCUCAGACUUAG